AUGACUAACAAAUCACUUAUGCUUCUGAGCCUGCUGGCUCCUCACUGCAUGUUUAUAAAUGGAAAAACAACAUGUAAAUGGCAAUUGGUGGAAGAAUGGCAGGCACAACCCUCAUCAUAUGUGGUGAACUGGGCACUAACAGAAAACAUUUGCAUGGACAAAAGGGGAAUUUGCCAAAAUGAAAGUUCUGCUUACAUUUGUGAAUGUGCAGAAGGAUUUCUCAAUCAAGACUGUGAAAUUGAUGACAAGAAGUGUUCAUUAAUACCAUGUCAGAAUGGUUACGACUGCAAUGAUAUUUCAAAUGUUACCAUAUGCAUCUGUGCACCAAUAUUGACAGGCAAGCUUUGUAAGAGACUUCAAACACCAUGUGAUUCAUUUCCUUGCAAGAAUAAUGCAACAUAUAUAAACUGUGAGAAAGAUUAUCAUUGCAGUGGUAUGCCAAGACUUACUGGAAAAAGCUGUGAGGAAGUAAUUGACCACUGUAGACUGCUCAGCAGCGACUGUCUGAAUGAAGGAUGGUGUUUCAAUAUAAUUGGAAGAUUCAGAUAUAUAUGUAUCCCAGGAUGCACAAGAAAUCCAUGUUGGUUUCUGAAGAAUGUUCCCUUAAUCCUUCUGUACCCUUGCUACAGUGGAUCCAUCAGCCAUGAUAUUUGCCAAACUAUAGUUCCUCAUUCUCUUCAAUUUAAAUAUGUGUGGCAAUUGGGAUUUACAGGUACUGAAGGUGAAAAGUGUCAAGUGACUGUUGGCUUCUUUCUCACUGAAAACUGCACUGACAAUGCAGACUAUGUGCACAAAUCUGAAGACAUUGAUAACCCAUGUUUGUUUCAGUGUGAAAAACAUGGAGGUUCAUUUCAGUUUUCAUCAUCAAAGACUGAAGUCCCAAAAAUGUGUGCAAAUGGAUGCAUUUGUUUGACUGAAGAAGGAAAUAAGGGAUAUUUUUAUCUAUUUAUUCCCAGAAGGCCUGGGAAAAUAUAUCUGGAAAAUACAACUGACUAUCAAGAAAGUCAGUGUCAACUUGAAGUAAUUUAUGAAGAUGAAUUUAAUAUAUCUAGGUAUUUAUACAUUAUAUUAUGUAUAAUAAUAUGA